AUGAGCGAUGCGAGUUGCCACGCACCGACGUACACGGGUGCCAAGAGAGCUUUCCAUGGCGACCCACCGUUGGUGGAGUUGGCUCACCCAGAUCGCAUCGCUGCCGCAUUUCGGGCCAUGAACAGCGGUGAUCAAAGGGCGUUGCAGGGUGAGUCAAGCACACCCGUGAUCACACCCACCUCUCUAGAGCUCGCAGGGGAGUGCAGGGUCGUCCGCGAGAAGAAGAUGGAGAUGGUGAAGGCGGUUAUGCCGACAGCAGAGAUGGUAGAAAACCUGACGAGCUGCAUGUCCCUGGAGAACGUGUCCAACAACGACCUCCACGAGGACCCGACUGUCUUUCUUUCCGGAGGGUUGACGAGCAGCAAGCACAGUCAGACCAGCGGCCGCGGCUCACUCAACGUAACGACUACACGCUGGACGCAGAGAAGCGAACGCAACACCGGCAGCCACAGUCUGACACUGCCGAACAGCAGCGAGAGUAUGAAGGGCAGCCGCGAUGACUCGAGUGGCACGGCACAGACCAUCUCGUCUGGCGACUGCGGGGUCUCGUCUUGCUUCGCUGCACCAAUGAACAACCGAUCUCUUCUUCAAGUGGCUGUGGCGCGUGUCCCAAGAUGGAGAAGGGUCCCUGUGGAGGCGACAAAGAGGCAGCGGCCGGCAGCAGCAAUGCGCCAACUCCGGCGCAUACAAGCGGCGCUGCUUGCAAAGGCAAUGAGAGCCACGGUCAUCACAACCGUGAGCGUGGCGCUGGCGGCACCGUGA